UUGACAACAGGAGCAGUAGACGGGUAUUCAUUCACUGUGAAUACCAAACUAACAGACUGUGCAUUGAGUGAGAGUGCAUCAUUACCCCUUGAAGAAUUGAACUAACAGUGAAAGAUGCAGUUCAUGCUGCUGUUCAGUAGGCAGGGGAAGCUGCGUCUCCAGAAGUGGUAUGUUCCUCUGUCUGAUAAGGAGAAGAAGAAGAUUACCAGAGAGCUGGUCCAGACGGUUCUGGCUAGGAAACCAAAGAUGUGUUCAUUUCUGGAGUGGAGAGACCUCAAGGUUGUUUACAAGAGGUAUGCCAGCCUGUAUUUCUGCUGUGCCAUAGAGAACCAGGACAACGAGCUGAUCACACUAGAGAUCAUCCACAGAUAUGUGGAACUACUGGAUAAGUACUUUGGCAGUGUGUGUGAGCUGGACAUCAUAUUUAACUUUGAGAAGGCCUACUUCAUCCUGGAUGAGUUCUUGCUGGGAGGAGAGGCUCAGGACACGUCUAAGAAGAAUGUACUAAAGGCUAUAGAACAAGCUGACCUACUGCAGGAGGUAAAAUACCUCACUGACCCCAAGACAGGGACCUCUCUAAUCUACGAUAACCCAGACAUCUCUCUCUCGCUCACUCUUUCACUACUGCCUUGUUCUCUAUGCUAUGAUUUACAGAAUGUAGACUUUCAGAUCCAUCUCUUCCCAGGUACAGUCCAUUAACCCUGCAGGAGCCAGACCACAUAGCCUUUAGCAUCAGACCCAGGGUACAUAGCCUUUAGCAUCAGACCCGGGGUACAUAUCCUUUAGCAUCAGACCCAGGGUACAUAGCCUUUAGCAUCAGACCCAGGGUACAUAGCCUUUAGCAUCAGACCCAGGGUACAUGGCCUUUAGCAUCAGACCCAGGGUACAUGGCCUUUAGCAUCAGACCCAGGGUACAUAGCCUUUAGCAUCAGACCCGGAGUACAUAGCCUUUAGCAUCAGACCCGGGGUACAUGUCCUUUAGCAUCAGACCCGGGGUACAUGUCCUUUAGCAUCAGACCCGGGGUAUAUGUCCUUUAGCAUCAGACCCGGGGUACAUGUCCUUUAGCAUCAGACCCGGGGUACAUGGCCUUUAGCAUCAGACCCGGGGUACAUGGCCUUUAGCAUCAGACCCGGGGUACAUGGCCUUUAGCAUCAGACCCAGGGUACAUGACCUUCAUAUUUACUGGAUUGGUUCAACAGUGCAGAAGAGAACCGCCCCCGACAGUUUUUUUUCUCUCUGCUCAGCUGACCACUGAGAAACCUCUCUGAUUGGCAGGUUGUGUGUUUGUAGAUCCAGAAUGGGGACUGGGGAGGUUUACCUAAUGAGGAGAUUUUAUAGCGGACUGGAGUACCUCCCCUUUACACCAGGUCCUGCUGGGUAAAUACCAUGGUGCAAUGAGUUCAGAGUGGAGUGUUGUAUGACAGAUAGUCAGCCAGUCAUUUAGCAUGGUGUGAACCAGCCAGCCAGUUGGUCAGUCAGUCAGUCUGCAUGGUGUUCAGAGUGGAGUGUUGUAUGACUGAUACAGUCAGCCAGUCAUUUAGCAUGGUGUGAACCAGCCAGCCGGUCAGUUCCUCUACAUGGUGUGAUCCAGCCAGUCAGUUACUCUGCAUGGUGUGAACUAGCCAGCCAGAAUGGUGUGAACCAGCCAGUCAGUUACUCUGCAUGGUGUGAACCAGCCAGUCAAUCAUCAGUCUGCAUGUUAUGAAUCAGCCAGUCAGUCAUCAGUCUGCAUCGUGUGAACCAGCCAGCCAGUCAGCUUGGUGUAAGCCAGCCAGUCAGUCAGUCAGUCUGCAUGGAGUGAACCAACCAGUCAGUCAGUAUGAUGUGAACCAGCCAGUCAGUCAGCCAGCAUGGUUGUCAGCCAGCAUGUGAAUCAGUCAGUCAGUAGUCAGUAUGGUGUGAACCAGCCAGCCAGUCAGUCAGUCAUCAGUCUGCAUGGUGUGACCCAGUCAGCAUGGUGUGAACCAGGCAGCCAGUCAGUGUCAUCAUUCUGCAUGGUGUGAACCAGCCAGUCAGUCAGCAUGGUGUAAACCAGUCAGUCAAUCACCAGGUCCUGCUGGGUAAAUACCAUGGUGCAAUGAGUUCAGAGUGGAGUGUUGUAUGACAGAUAGUCAGCCAGUCAUUUAGCAUGGUGUGAACCAGCCAGCCAGUUGGUCAGUCAGUCACUCUGCAUGGUGUUCAGUGUGCUGUAUUCGGUGACUGCAUGUAGCAUACUGUUUACCUUGUAAUGCUAUGGGGAAAGUAGAUGGCAACAGCCAGUCAGUCAUCAUCGGACAUGAACCCAAACUGGACGGGUUUUGGCCAUGUCUGAGUAUCUAAGUGUUCAGCAGGGGGCAUAUUUCAGAGGAGGGGAGAAAACAUUCCAGUGAAAUGAGAAUGGGGGCUUAGGUCGCUAGGAGUAGUGUAUGCCAUUAAUAUGGAGGAAGGAAGGCAUACCUCAGGGCUUAUGAUGAAACUAUUUUAAUGAAACUGUGGAGCAGCUCAGUGGUAUUGUAGAGUAAGCGACCACAACGCUUUGUUAAAAUACUGGCGUCUGAGCCGAUUCUAAAUACACACUCAGCACUACAUGAAUAA